AGUUUCACUACAACUUUCAUAGAGUUAAAAGUUCAAAAAUAGAAAUUGUUUUAAAAACAUUUUAUAGUUUAUAUGAAAAAAUAAUAAUAUAUAAGAAUAGAAUUACAAAAAGUAAAAUAGUGCAACAAUUUUAAAUUUGUAAAAACUUAAGUUUUUGCAAACUGUUGUUUGUUGAAUUCCUAGAAAAUUUGUGUCAGUGUUAAAAUAAGAAAUACAUCAAACCAGACAAAUCUUUAAAUAACAUCUGCAGAAAAUAUCUUUAACAACAACUGACAGAAUAUUUGCUUUAUCAUGACUGGUUUAAGUUGUUUAACUUUUGUUCUAGUCGCAUUUUGUUGUUACACCAUGAGCAUGUCUAAACCCACCCGAAACGAGGCUGCUAAAAAGGUGGAAUUGCCUCACGAACAACAGCAGCAACAGCCACAUCAUCCACAGCUGCAGAGUGAAGCCACCUACGAAACACGACAAAAACGUUCACAGCUUGAUUUGGGUAACAUAGGUGGUGGUACUAACGGUUUUGGCAAUACUGAGUAUAAAGAUUUUAAUGAGUUCAUGGAAGAAUUAGGCGAUAAUGCUAUUAUGCCAGUGUCACAGGAAAUGGAUUUGGAAAAUAUGCCCCCACUAUUGUACUUUAUGUUGUUGCAGAAACUAAAGCAGUUACAAACUAAUGAACGUCAAUUACCCACAAGACGUACACCACGCCUGGGGCGCAGCAUUGAUUUUCAACUGUUUGAUGCAGGUGCUGCCACUACUACAGGACAUGACUUUGAUGGCGCUUUAAAUAUGGCCAACGAUUAUGCAGUCUCACGACAAUAUCUACCUCGUGUCAUGAAAAAGUCUGUACAAUUUAAGCCACGUUUAGGUAAAAGAACACAAGUAUGCGAUUAAAAUAACCAAAGGCAGCAGCAACAAACACCUCUUCUACUAUAUCGUAUUAAUCAUGACCAACAACUACAACAAUACUAUAACAAUUACUACUACUACUACCACUAUUAUAAUACGUAUACAUACUAAUACAUACUAUUGAUAUUUACUUCGCUAAAUGUACUUAUGCAAAAAAAUUUUACACUCGUAUUGGAAAAUGGACAUGGAAAAAAAGGAUAAACUGAACAACCAUGGAUGACAUCUACAUUUAUUUGCAUUUAAACUAAAAAAAAACAGUAAAGUAAAUAAAUGUAUAAUUUUAUUUUACUACUUAAUUUAUUUUUUCUAUAAAUACUCGUA